UACAUUAUGAUACAAGAGCGGAAAGUUGGUCAUUUAUGACGAGUGUGACACGAGUCAGGAUCGUGGCAAACGUCAUACGAGUAGGAAUCACCAACCCGCACGCGUAUCAUAUACUAUUUUUUGCAACAUAUGCACCAAAAAGAAGCACGAAAUGGCCGAUUCUUAAUGAGUUCAGAGUGUGCGGGAAUCAUCAAGAAUGGACCAUUUUGUGCUUGUUUUUUGGUGCACAAACUGUAUACUUUCCGUACAGCGUUGCAAAAUAAUGAUUUCUAGACUUUCGCACCAAGGAAUUUGAUCGGCUAUAAAACUGAUUCAUAUUGGGAAUUUUUUCUGAAAUUUUAAAUGACCUCUUAUCGGAGCUUCGAAAAAUUCUAUUUGGCCUUGUCUCAUUUCGAAACUGUGUUAUGGCUACAAUAAAAUGAAAUUGGAAUAUUGAGAAUUUGUUUAAUGGACUUAUGACGUGUUGAAACAAAAAAUCGAAGUAGUUCAACGCUAUAUUAAAAUUCAAAAAUUUUGAAAGCACACCAUUCAUGAUUGCUUGACAGAAUAGACCGGGUGGGUAUUAAUUGUAUAACUUUUUGCCUACCACAAAGAAGAAAGAUGUAUUAACGCCACAUUCGAUUAUAUACAUCAGUUGUUUUGAAAUAAAAUUAUUAACAGCUGGUAUUAUUAAUAGAUUGAUUUAGCUACGAUUCAAUUUGUGUUACCAUCGGAGCAAACUGUUGGAACGUAUUUGCCUUGCAUAAAAAUACGAGUAUUUCGUUUCACAGACGUCACAUAUGUGGAAGUAGCUAAUUACAGGACGUCAGCGAUUAUGAAAUGCAAAACUUGGUAUCAUAAGACUUGCUUAAAUGGUGUCAUAAUUAUUCGUACGAAUGCUAAAUAAUGAAGAGAUUUAAAAUCCAAAAUAGAGGUACCAUGCUAUCGAUCACGGAGCGUACUAUAUAUUUUACUUAUUCUAUAUUAACGCUUAUUUGUUAUUUGUGCAGAGAAAGAGGAAAAUCUAGAAUUCCAAAGAAGUUUUACUAGUAUGAAUGCUUGCGGUAUCAUUUGUAAAAGAUAACAGCUCAGUGCGACUGGCAUUACAAAUAAAAUCUCGAUAGGUAUGCGUUAGACUGAGAAAAUCGCGUUGAAAAAUGGUGGGAAUGCUUUAGCCUAAAGAGGGGAAAGGGCUAGGAGAGAGAGGGAAAUCUGGCUUGUAGUAUACAACGCAACAGCAGAAUCGACAGUGCUGUUUCAUGUUCCUUGUACGUGCAUUUCUAUACAAGUCUGUUUAUUAGAGCAAGACAAUGGUCAGUCGUUUGAUAAAUUUGUGGCUUCUGCUAGUAUCUAUAUUUGUAAUGACAAAUGGAUUUUCUGAAAACAGUGAUGGCAGACACAAAGAAGUUUCAGGAUCAAACGAGUUUGAUCUUUUAAUCUUCACUCAACACUGGCCUCAAACUGUUUGCUAUCAAUGGAAGGAGGACACUGAGUCGCAUGAUUGCAGUUUGCCAAGAGAUGAAGAGUGGACUAUUCAUGGUAUUUGGCCUACGCAGUAUCACAAACUUGCACCACAAUUUUGUAAUCACUCGUUACACUUCAAUGCCAGUGCCCUGGCACCUCUUGAGGAUCAGCUCAAUGUAAAAUGGCUUGAUGUCGAGAAGGGAACUGCUCGAUAUUCGUUCUGGAAGCAUGAAUGGCAAAAGCAUGGAACUUGCGCAGUAGUUCUUGACAGUAUUAAUACAGAAGUGAAGUAUUUUCAGAAAGGUUUGGACCUUUUAGAUAAGUACGACAUGAAACAUGUUCUUGGCAAAAAGAAUAUUGUGCCUGGAGAUAAUCACUCAGUACAGGAUAUCCUUAAUGCCAUAGAAACGAUUUUGGGGAAGAGAUGCCAGGUGGAGUGUAUAACUAAUUCAAAAACAAAACAGUCUUAUUUAUUCGAGAUAAGGAUAUGCUUCAGCAAAACAUUCGAAUUAAUACACUGUGACGGAAUUCAUGGAUUUCCCACUAAUUGCGAUCUUAAAAAGAACGUGAUAUAUCCGAGCAAUGUACCAGUGGACUAUCGUGUCAUUCAAAUUUAACAAUAGUACAUUUUUUUAAUGCUAUACAAAAAUGUGGUAGAUACUUAAUGAGGCAACUAUUUCUUAACUCUCUUUCUGUUUAGCUAAUAUAAUUAUAAAUAAUUUACAUAGACCAUUAACACAAUUAUCGAGGACCUGAUGAUUUUUAGUCAAUUCUAAUGUCAUUUAAAUCAAAUUUACAUAUUUUAAAUCAUAUUACGUAAGACGAAUGCACGUUAUAUUAAUAGCGUUCAAUUAAUCAUGUACAUCAUUAUACCAGAAUAAAUAUUUAUUUUUAAACGGG